AUGUUCAUGUUCACUUUCUGCUGCUGUAGGAAAUCCAGUGGGAAUUCUUCUUCAAGCCUUGGAGAGAUGGUUUCUGGCACGUUCCGAGCCACACCUACAGCCGCAGCAAAACAGAAACAAAAAGUGACAGAACAUAUUCCCCCCUAUGAUGUAGUGCCAUCAAUGAGACCUGUGGUGUUGGUGGGCCCAUCACUCAAAGGCUAUGAGGUGACAGACAUGAUGCAGAAAGCUCUCUUUGACUUCCUGAAGCACAGGUUUGAUGGGAGGAUAUCCAUAACCAGAGUGACAGCUGACAUCUCCCUGGCCAAGAGGUCUGUGCUCAACAACCCCAGCAAGAGGGCGAUCAUCGAGCGCUCCAACACCAGGUCCAGCCUGGCUGAAGUGCAGAGUGAGAUUGAAAGAAUCUUUGAGCUGGCCAGGUCCUUACAGCUGGUUGUCCUGGAUGCAGACACUAUAAAUCACCCUGCACAACUUAUCAAGACAUCUCUAGCACCAAUUAUUGUCCAUGUGAAGGUGUCCUCUCCAAAGGUUUUGCAGCGACUGAUCAAGUCCAGAGGGAAGUCACAAAGCAAACACUUGAAUGUCCAGUUGGUGGCAGCUGAUAAACUUGCACAAUGCCCACCAGACAUGUUUGACGUGAUCCUGGACGAGAACCAGCUGGAGGACGCCUGCGAGCACCUGGCCGAGUACCUGGAGGCUUACUGGAGAGCCACCCACACGUCCAGUGCCACGCCCAUGACCCCCCUGCUGGGCAGGAACCUGGCACCCUCCGCCCUGUCCCCGUACCCCGCUGCCAUCUCCGGCCUGCAGAGCCAGCGCGGGAGGCACGGCGCCCACUCUGCGGAGAACUCUCCCCUGGAGCGGCGCGGCCUCGUGAGCUCCGAUGAGAAUUACCACAACGAGAGGGCUCGGAAGAGCAGGAACCGCUUGUCUUCCAGUUCCCAGCACAGCCGAGAGCACUAUCCCCUCGUGGAAGAGGAAUACUCCGACCCCUACCAGGACUCGUACAAGCCCCACCGCAGCCGCGGCUCCCCCGGCGCCUACAGCCACGACUCGCGGCACCGGCUCUGA